UGAUGACAUCAUGAGUCGGUGGCGUCGUUCAGUGGACGAGCUGGCAGCAAGGCGGCGGCAGCAGGUCGAGUGUGAGCGCGCUCAGGAGGCUCUCAGUCGGGUCACUUCCUGUUUCCAACAGCUGGCAGCAUCACUUGGCAGCUCUGCGGACUGCAGCUUCCUGCGAGAUGAGAUGGACGAAACAAGAGCGCUAGCACACCGAAUCUGCAGCGGCCUGUCCCGGCGUCUGGUGCGUCUGCUUUCAGACGGUGACUCCGCCCCCACAGGUGUGGAGGACAGACAGGUAUCAGAACGUCUGUGGGUUCUCUUCCUGUCGUCAUUAGAGAGCUUCCUGUCUGACCUCCGUAAGGCCUGCGGUCUGAUUGGACAGUUCCCUCUGACCCAGCGCUAUGACAGACGCUCCCUAGUCAACACAGGAUGUAUUGAUGGCGUGGUGGGGGUGGCAGCUCGAGUGGCUUCAGUCCAGGCACCGUGGCUCACCUUGGAGGAGGAGCCAAGCCCUGAUCUGACCAGUCAUAUUGCAGGACUGGAAACCAUGCUGAGUGAGAUGCAGCUGAGGGUUCCUGUUGCCUUCUGGUCCGUAGAGGCGACCCAGCCAGCGUGGGCUGAAGCUUGCGCUGAACUGGACGAACCAGACGACACCCUGGAAGACCUGAUGGAGGUUGAGGUAGUCUCCAACAGCAACAGCAAUAAGAUGGUAGCCUGCUGCCAGCCACCGUGCUGGGGACUGGGCUGUGUCGGGUAG